AACUGAGUGCGUUCGUGUUCUAGUCAUUGUCAGGAAAAACAAAACUUGCGUUGCGUGCCAUUCAGCUUCACCUUAUUAUAUUAGUAUUUAGUUUUAUGGCACAAGAAGAUGAAGUCAAAGGAGCAAAAGUGUCAUCCGAGGAAAACCCAAACCCAUCAACAGUGGUCAUAGAGAUGGCAAGAAGUUCUACUGCAUUAUCACCUCCUGCCCCUUCAUGGUUCACUCCAAAAAGGCUGCUAGUUAUCUUUUGUGUGAUCAACUUGAUCAAUUAUGUGGAUAGAGGAGCCAUUGCAAGCAAUGGUGUCAAUGGGAGUCGUAGAACCUGCUCAAAAAGUGGUACAUGCACAUUCGGCAGUGGAAUACAGGGGGAUUUUAACCUGAGCAAUUUCGAAGAUGGAGUUUUGUCCUCAGCUUUCAUGGUUGGACUUCUCGUGGCUUGCCCAAUAUUUGCAUCAUUAGCAAAGAGCGUCAACCCAUUUAGGCUCAUUGGAGUUGGAUUAUCAGUAUGGACAAUUGCAGUAGUUGGGUGUGGUUUUUCAUUUAAUUUCUGGACCAUUACAAUUUGCCGCAUUUCUGAUUGUUUUUCUAGGCUAGUCGGUGUCGGAGAGGCUUCAUUUAUAAGUCUGGCAGCCCCAUUUAUCGAUGAUAAUGCCCCUGUUGCUAAGAAAACCUUAUGGCUUGGAAUAUUUUACAUGUGUAUACCAACUGGAUAUGCUCUUGGCUAUGUAUAUGGUGGAUUGAUUGGUGGUCAUUUCAAUUGGCGCUUCGCUUUCUAUGGAGAGGCAAUUUUGAUGCUUCCAUUUGCUGUUUUAGGUUUUGUUAUGAAACCUUUGCAGUUGAAAGGUUUUGCUCCUGCUGAAUCUAAAAAAGCUCUGACAUCCAUAGAGACUGCUGCCUUGGAAGUUCAAGAUGCGGGCAUUUCUGUUGUCAAAGGCUCAAUGAAAUCUUCCAAGUCAAAUUGUGCAUUCAUUGAUUUGAAGCAAUUCUCUAGAUUCAUGAUAGACAUGAAAGUGCUUUUGCUUGAGAAGGUUUAUGUAGUGAAUGUUUUAGGUUACAUAGCAUACAAUUUCGUCAUUGGUGCAUAUUCAUAUUGGGGGCCUAAAGCGGGUUAUAACAUUUAUAAUAUGAGCAAUGCAGAUAUGAUAUUUGGAGGGGUUACCAUAGUCUGUGGUAUAGUUGGCACAAUAGGAGGGGGUUAUGUUCUGGAUUUCAUCAAUUCCACAAUUUCCAAUGCUUUUAAGCUUCUUUCAGCAGUUACAUUUGUUGGGGCAAUAUUUUGCUUCAGUGCCUUCUGUUUUAAGAACAUGUAUGCCUUCCUUGCUUUUUUCGCUAUUGGUGAACUACUUGUCUUUGCAACUCAGGCUCCUGUAAAUUAUGUAUGUCUUCAUUGUGUUAAACCAAGUUUGAGACCAAUAUCUAUGGCUAUGUCCACCGUUGCAAUUCACAUCUUUGGAGACGUGCCUUCCUCACCACUUGUUGGUGUUCUCCAGGAUCAUAUUGACAACUGGAGGAAGACUGCUCUUAUUCUGACGUCCAUUUUGUUUCCAGCAGCUGUGAUAUGGUUUAUAGGUAUAUUUCUACACGGUGUGGAUAGAUUUGAUGAAGAAAGUGAGCAUCCUCAAGUGACUACAGCUGACAGGUCCAACACAAUGCCUUUGCUUGAUGGGAAGGCAGCAGGAGCAGCAGAAACUUUGGCAGAACCAUAAAGUUUUCUCCGGAAUUGUAUAUAGCAUUCGUUUGUUUUCUGCACAAUUUUAGGGCAUGUCCACUCGUUUUUCUGGUGUAUAAAAUCUUCCUACAGCGGAUUGGAAUUCAUUACCAGCUACAUUUUGUCACGUGUUUUUCCUUAAUAAAUUUAUCCAAGUUAUUCCGUAAUUUUGCCCCCAAAUAA